AUGGCUGAGGCAGUCAUCGCGGAAGCCUUUGCUUAUGAACUCAACGAAGACGACACUAUCGUGGAGGUGGUGGAACCUGCGCCGCUCGGCUCAUUACCCAACAACACCCAGGCUACUGAUGUUGAGGAAUUUAAGUCCGAAACGGAGCCUCAUCCACAUAUUCAUAUACCUGAUGGUGGUCUACCAGCAUGGUUGACUGUUGUCGGUGCUUGGUUCAUAUCGGCCAUCUGCUAUGUUUACGUCAACGCAUAUGGCGUCUACCAAGCGUACUAUGUCCAGACUUUGUUGCCUUCGUACUCACCAAGCGCUAUCUCGUGGAUCGGGUCUUUGCCAGCUUAUCUUUUGUUUGCGGUUGGUAUCAUAACUGGUCCGAUGUUUGACCGGGGAUACUUUCGCCAUCUAAUUAUUGGAGGAAGCAUCUUAUAUAUUGGAUGCCUGUUCGCACAAGCAGAAGCCAAGGAGGAUGCCUACUGUCAGAUAUUCUUAAGUCAAGGUCUUGGACAAGGUUUGGCUCAGGGCAUAAUCUAUCUCCCAUCAGUUGCUGUGAUGUCCCAUCAUUUCCGAAGACGACGAGCGUUUGCGAUGGGUCUUGCUGUAUCCGGAUCUUCGACUGGAGGCAUCCUCUUCCCAAGUACGCAUUAA